UCCAUUCCUCUUGCCCGCAUAAAAAUGUCAGCCAAUAAUGCCAGUGGAAAUACGCUCAAUGAAUUAGCGUAAAUGUAAAUGCAGUGACGAAGGCGGUCGCGGAUCGCGGACAUCGGCCACGAGCACAAGGUUUGUUUGUAUGCGACGCGACUCGACGCCAUUCAAUUGCCGUUGCGAUGCGAGUCGCGGCUACGCUACUGAUCACUCAAUUCACUCAGCUCAACUCAGUUCAGUUUAUUCGGCGCGCGUGUAAACACGUCACAUACGCUGCGCCGUGUCCUUCCGCGCCACGCACACACCACGCGAAACAGAAACAAAUCGCUGCAAUGCCACGAAAACUCAACUAACAAUUUCAUACAAUGGAAAAUAAGUGAAAAUAAAAUUCUAUUUAUGUGCUCAGUGAACGUGACUUCGCGACCCACAUAAAAUCAGGAUCUGUAUUUUGACGGUUUCUGUACCUGUAAGGGGAUGGAGGCGGUGUGCGGGGUCGAGGCCGGAGGCUGGGGCGCGGAGCCCGGGUGCGCUGCGCACGCACUGGCUGCGGCGUUGCACGCGCUGCACCUUUACUGCGCCACGCUCGCCGCCGCCGCGCUAUGCUGCACGCGCUGCUCCCCAGUACGACCGCGCUGGGAGGGCAGCCGCUGGCGUGGUCAGAACGUGCGGGGCACGGCCAGCUUGCUGUUAGGCGUGACGUGGUGCUGCGGAUUAGCAGCGGCGGCGCUGCGGACGGACGGCGUCCGGCUGGCGCACGCGCUGGCGGCGCUGCUGGCCUGGUUGGCCGCAUGCGCGCUGCACCUGCUCCUGUGGUGGCGCCGUGCCGCAGCCCCACUCCUCUAUCUCGCGAUAUACUGGCUGCUGGCUUCGGCCGCCUCCGCCGCUGUGCUCUGGCAUCACGUUCUCGCCGGAGCAUCGUACACUCAUAUCCAGAUCUACGUGCAAGGAUUCACUAUUGUACUAGCAUUGGUAAUCUCGACCGUAGACUGCCUUUGCUUCUAUGAUGAGGUCACGAAACGUAAUCACGGACCACAGGAAUCAUUUACCAAAGACAACGUGUCCUACAAGCAUAGUGAAACUCACUUUUUUUCUAAGAUAACUUUCUUUUGGUUAAAUCCCUUGUUGUACAAAGGAUAUUAUGAAACAACUCACGAUGAAGACGAUUUCGGUGAACUGCCCGAUGAUGAAAAAUCCUCAACAAUUUAUGCACGAUUUAAAAGAAUAUACCAAAAAUACAAACAGAUGACAAAAUUAAAUGACGAAAAGGGCAACAUGUGGCGGGUCUAUUUAAAAACGAUAUGGCCUAAUUUUUAUAUCGCUGGAAUAUUAAAAUUAUUUGGAGAUAUGGUCGGACUUAUACCACCUCUGGGACUUGCCGUAAUUGUCAAAUAUAUCGAAGAUUCUAAUAUAAUAUUUGAAACGGAAUCAGAAGUUACAAUCCAAGAGUUCGUUAAAAAUCCUUACGUUGUGCUCUUCCUUGUAACAUUGGCUUUAGUUAUACAAGGAGUACUUUCACAGAACUCGACACAUUUAGUGACGGUGGAAGGAACUAGAUUGAAGACGGCGUUACAAAGUAUGGUGUAUGACAAAUGCAUGCGACUAGCGUCAUGGUCCUCGACAGACACGGAAAUAGACGAAGAGUCACCACUCCUGCAGAGCAUUGAGGAGUCUGCACCUUCGCAGUCAGGUCUAAUCACCAACCUGAUAUCACAAGAUACGUACAAUGUUAUGUCAUGCGUCUGGGUGUGCCAUUACAUCUGGGCCAUACCUUUGAAGGUAGCAGUAAUUUUGUAUUUACUUUAUACAAAACUAGGCGUCAGUGCAAUAAUAGGCACCGUUGUUAGUAUUAUUAUUAUAACUCCAUUGCAAUUCUACAUCGGUAAAAGGCUCUCGGAUAAUUCCAAGGAUAUAUCAAAAUGCACAGAUCACAGGGUGUCCAAAAUGUCGGAAAUCUUACAAGGCAUGAAUGUUAUUAAACUUUACGUUUGGGAAGAUUUGUUUAAUGAGAAAAUUUUACAAUUAAGAGAAGUAGAAUUGAGAAUGUUAAAUAAAGAUUCCGUAUAUUGGGGAAUUCUGACUUUCACAACACAAGCAUCUACCAUCCUCAUAACAGUUGUUACAUAUACACUGCUAUAUUUUUUAGACAAUGGUGAAGGUUUAACAGUAGUGAAUGUCUUAGCCGGACUGGCUCUAUUUAAUCAAUUGGCAAUACCACUUCUUAUUUUACCAGUGACAGUGCUCAUGGUUAUUCAGGCUAUGGUCAGUACGAAUAGAAUCAAAGAAUUUUUGGAACUGCCUGAAUCGAGUAACGUUAAAGAAGAUAAUUACGAACAAGAUGCUCCUGAGACCAAAGAAAAUGAUUUACUUGUUAACAAUGCUGCGAUCUCAGCUCCUAACUGUAUAUAUUCGGAACAAGACGAUGCCAAUAAAGAUAUCGAUCUGGAAUGUGAAGAUCAAUUCUUCGAAGACAACAAGCCCACUUGCAACGAUCAAGAAUACCUUAUAAGAUUUAAAAAUGCGGCAUUUUCUUGGAAGAUGAGAGAUAACUCUUGGCUCGAUGUUGAUGAUUUAGAUAUUCCAGUUGGAAAACUUAUAAUGGUCGUCGGAUCAACUGGAUCUGGGAAGUCGUCUUUCCUGUCUGCUGUGUUGGGAGAAAUGCAUCUUGAAAGAGGAGAAAUUAGUUGGAACGGCGAAUACAGUGCAAGCUACGCCGGUCAGCCGCCUUGGUUGUUGGAGGGCUCCAUCCGCGAAAACAUUCUGCUGGGCCGCCGCUGGAACCCCGCGGAGUACUCGCGCGCUCUCCGCGCCGCAGCUCUUCGACCUGAUCUACAACUGUUACCAGAUGGUGACCGCACGCAACUGGGUCGCGGCGGGGCACCGCUGUCGGGCGGGCAGCGCGUGCGGGUGUGCGUGGCGCGUGCAGUGUACAGCGGCGCGAGGCUGCUGGCGCUGGACGAGCCGCUGGCCGCACUGGACGCCGCACUGGCGCGACACGUGGUGGCGCGCGGAUUAUUACCCGCAGCGCGCGCCGGUGCCACCGUGCUGCUCGCCACCAACAGGCUCGAGCUGCUUCACUAUGCUGACUUGGUUAUAGCAAUGGAGGAGGGUCGCGUACGAGACGUGGGCCGGGCGGGAUCAGGCGCAGGGCCGUGUGGUGCGGCGGGGGAGGGCACGCUGCGGCGCUGGGCGAGGCGGGCGGCGGAGGCGCGCGCCGCUGUGGCCCGCACCGGCGCCGGCCCGCCCGGCGGUUCCGCGCGAGAACGUGCGCGGCUGCAGCGCGCUCUCAGCAGGAACAACUUCAAUAGACACGAUGUGGACGAGGAUACGGUAGGUAUCUGUGAGGCGACGGGCGCGCACCUGCUGGCGGAGGUGCCGACGCGCGCGGGCGGCAGCUGGCGGCGCGGCGCUCGCCCGCGCUCCUCCCUGUCCCGCCAGCUCUCCUCGCCGCCGCCCUCCAUGCAUCUCUACAAAUGGCGUCGCGAGGUGCGUCGCGCGGUGAGUGCAGAGGAGGGCGCGGGGGAGCGCGUGCGCGUGCACCGGACACUGGCGCGAUGGACUCCGCGAACGUUGCACAGGUUACUGAGCACCGACAGUGACACGCAACCAGACGAACAAUCAGACGAUAAAGAACAAUCCACAACAAAAGACACGACAUUUGUUUCAAUUACAUCCAAUGGUAUCGAAACAAGUACAAAUAAUUCAGAGAAAUUAGUUCCCGAUAAAGAAGAUCCGGAACAAGUCAUAAGUGAGAGCUCUAUCUGGUGUGCGUACGCGCGCGCGUGCGGGUGGUGGGGCGGCGUGUACUGGGCGGCCGCGGCUGGCGCGCAGGCGCUGGCGCUCGCCGCGGACUACUGGCUCUCCACUAGGGCCGCACAAAACUCACAAGAACCACUUGAAAACGAUGAGCUAUGGAGGUCCGUGUACGUGUAUGUGUGCUGGUGCGUGUGCGGGGCGGGCGCGGCGGGAGCGGCACAGCUGGGCGCGGCGUGCGGGGGCGCGGCGGCGCGGCGCGCGCUGCACGAGAGAUUGCUGCGUGCCGUGCUGCACGCGCCGCCGCACCACGCGCACCUCGCCGCGCUGCACCGCUUCUCUGCAGACAUCGCUGUUGUUGAUCGGAAGCUAUCGACGGCGGUGACGCGCUGGGCGCAGCUGGCGCUGGCGUGCGCGGCGGCCGCGUUGCUAAACGUGGCCGCCUCCUCGUGGACGCUGCUCGCCUGUCUUCCCGCCUUCCUCUGCUUUCUGCUGCUACAAAACGUCUACCUACGUAAUACGAGAGAGCUGCAGCGUAGCGAGGCGCGGAGUGCUGCGCGCGUGGUGUCGCUGAGCGCGCAGGUGAGCGCGGGCGCGGGCACGGUGCGGGCGGGCCGGCUGCAGUCCGCCAUGCGUGCGGCGCUGCGGGCGCGCCUCGACACAAACCACGCCGCGCUGCUGCUGCUCAACGCCGCCAACAGGUGGCUGGGCCUCUCACUCGACCUGGUGGGCGCGGCGAGCGUGUGCGUGUCGCUGGGAGCGGCGCUGGCGGGCGGGGGCGGGGGCGGGGCGGCGCGCGCGGGCCUGGCGGGCGCGUACGCGCUGCUGCUGCCCGCGUACCUGGCGCACGUGGCCAAGUGCCGCGCAGAUCUGCAUCUGCAGCUCGCCGCGCUCGAGCGCAUCCUCAACGACACCAGGAUGCCGCAGGAGGACUAUCGGGAAGAUUGUCCAAUCCCAUCAGGGUGGCAUAGAGAUGGAAAAAUAGAAUUCGAAAACGUUACCGUCCAGCACCAUCCAGAUGCACCACCUAUACUUAAAAAUAUAAACUUGACUGUUAAUCCUGGUGAAAAGCUGGCGAUAUGCGGACGAAGCGGCAGUGGCAAGUCGACGCUGGUGCUGACGUGCGCAGGCGCGACGCCGGUGCUAGGCGGGCGCGUGCUGGUGGACGGUGCGGAGGCGGUCGCAGUGCCGCUGCGCGCGUUGCGUCACCGCGUUCUCGUGUUGCCGCAGGAGGGCGCGCUCUUCUCUGGCACGCUGCGCGAGAACCUCGACCCGCUCGCCGUGCACACCGACGACGAGAUAUGGCAGUGCCUCAAGGCGGUAGGACUCUACGAGUUCGUCACGGCGCAGUCGGCCGGCUUAGAGUGUCCUGUGGGCGGGGCUCGCGGUGCACGAUGGGCCGGCGGGCGAGGCGCGCGGGCGUGUGCGGCGCGGGCGGCGCUGCACGCGCGCUUCGCAGCUGCGCUGUUGCUGGACGAGCCGGGCGCUGCACUCGACGCAACUGCCGAACGCGACCUCCUCGCCGCACUCGCUGCCGCCGCGCCCAACACAACGCUCAUCACAGUCGCACACCGUAUGUCAUCGGUCCGGGGCUACGACCGCGCCGUGGUGAUGGAGGAGGGGCGCAUCGUGGAGGUGGGCAGCAUGAGGAGCUUGCUGUCGCAGCCCUCCUCGCGGCUCGCGCGCAUGUUCGCCGCCACCAACCAAACACAUUAGUCUCUCCUCUCGCAUAAUAGCGCGUCGUGUGCUAAACAUAUUUGUGCAAUAUGUACAUAUUGACGUUAACAGACCAAAAUCUGUUAUAUAUAUAAGCUAUUUAUGUUUGAUUCUUUUGAAAUUAGAUUAUAAAGGAGUAAUCGACGUCUGCUGUUUAAGAUUUACAUAUGAACGAUAUUAAACUAUAACGACGCCAUUGGAAAUGCAUCGAGCGCUAAGAUAUUAACUUACCUUUUAUAUAAAGACUGAAAUAUUUGAGCCAUAACUACAAAUUACUUAAGUAAGAGUAACUUGAAAUCACAAAUUGUUAUUUCUUAUAACUGCUACCGACAUCUACAAUGUACCGUAAUGAAGUAUUAAUAAUUUAAAUGUUUUUAAUAAAAUGAUUAAAACAA